UUAAAAAAAUGAUUGCUUUAUUACCUAAAAAAAAAAAUUUACCCAAAAUUUAUAUCAAUUUACGUAUACAUAUAUAUCUGCAUAAAUAAAAGAGGUUAAACAUCUAAACUUAAGCGUCCAAUCCGCGUUUACGUCCAACAAAUUAUCAACAAAAGUGAUAAAAAAUACAUAAGUAAACUAUCAACUCAUCAUAUCUGUCGUCAUUGUGUUAAUUAGCAGCCACAUCAUCUGUCUUUUAAAAAUUUUAAUAAUUAUCUAUUAGAAAAAAAAAUAAAAUAAUUAUAAAUUAUUUAAAAUUAGAAUACCAGCUGGGGAAAUAAUAAAAUAAAAUAAUUAAGUAUUAAAAUAUAUAAACAAUGUCAAUAAAAUCUUGACAAAAAGUUAAAAAAAAAAUAGAUAACAAUAUAAAUAAAUAUAUUUAUUAUAAAAUGGCAUCAGCAAUAUGGUUUGGAUUGUUGGUAAUAAUAAUAAAUAUUAUUUUAUUAAUUGAAUAUGUUAAAACAGAUGACUUUGAAUUUAUGAAAGCUGAUGAACGUGAAUCGUUAAAAGAAGAAGCACGUGACAUGUUUUACCAUGCAUACAAUGCCUACAUGUCAAAUGCAUAUCCAGCUGAUGAAUUAAUGCCUUUAAGUUGUAAGGGACGUUAUCGUGGUACUGAAUCUGAUCGUGGUGACAUUGAUUCAACGUUAGGUAAUUUUUCUCUGACACUUGUUGACACUUUGGACACUUUGGUAGUCUUGGGUGACUUGGAAGAAUUUGAAAAUGCUGUUAAAUUAGUAGUACGUGAUGUUAAAUUUGAUACUGAUGUCAUAGUUUCGUUGUUUGAGACAAAUAUACGCGUACUUGGUGGUUUACUCAGUGGUCAUAUUUUGUCUGAGUACUUACAAGUACGUGCUGAUAUUAUGCCAUGGUAUCGUGGAGAACUAUUGAACAUGGCCAAAGAUCUGGGGUAUCGUUUUCUACCAGCAUUUAACACGACGACUGGUAUUCCGUAUGGAAGAAUAAAUUUACGAAGUGGAAUGAAGAAUGUACCGGCUGAAAUGUGCCGGGAAACUUGCACCGCUUGUGCUGGUAGCAUGAUUCUGGAGAUGGCUGCGUUGUCCAGAUUGACAGGUGAGGGAAUUUUCGAAGAGAAAGCACAAAAAGCUAUGGACGCGUUGUGGAAAAUGCGACACAGAGGAACCGAUUUGAUGGGAUCUGUUCUAAACGUACACUCGGGAGAUUGGGUCAGAAGAGAUUCGGGUGUUGGUGCUGGAAUUGAUUCUUACUAUGAAUAUUGUUUGAAAGCAUAUAUUUUAUUAGGUGAUGAAAAAUAUUUAGGAAGAUUCAAUAGGCAUUAUUCAGCAGUUAUGAAGUACGUAAGUCAAGGUCCAAUGUUAUUAGACGUACAUAUGCAUCGUCCAAAUACAAAUUCGAAAAAUUUUAUGGAUGCAUUGUUGGCAUUUUGGCCUGGUCUACAGGUACUAAAAGGCGAUAUUAAACCAGCAGUAGAAACACACGAAAUGCUGUACCAAGUAUUACAACGUCACAACUUUAUUCCUGAAGCAUUUACAACAGACUUUCAAGUACACUGGGGACAUCAUCCAUUGCGUCCGGAAUUUUUAGAAUCAACUUAUUACCUCUAUCGUGCUACCGGUGAUCAUUAUUAUCUAGGAGUAGGCCGGAAAGUAUUAAAAAGUCUUCAAACUUACGCACGUGUACCAUGUGGUUAUGCUGCAGUAUCAGACGUCCGUACAAACAAACAUGAUGACACUAUGGAGAGUUUUGUAUUGUCUGAAACAUUCAAAUAUUUAUAUUUAUUGUUUGCUGAAUCAAGUGAUUUAGUACUUGAUAUAGAUGAAUUUAUUUUUACAACUGAAGGCCAUUUGCUGCCAUUAACUCUAGCAUCUUUACGAGCUAAUGUAUCUUCUGAUAUAGAUAUCGAUACAGUCGAACUUGAUGAAUUAGAUCGUACAUGUCCAAAUAGUUUGCAUUUAUUUCCUGCAUCUGUACGAAAGCCUUUACGAAAUAUGGUUGAAGAUGUUUGCCCAAGAAGAUCAAUGAGACGACGUAUAAGUGCCGCACAAUUUCAGGCAAAUAAUUUGGAUCAUUUAAAAAUAUUGAGUAGUAUGGGUAUCACUGUAUUGACGAUGGCUGACGGACGUAUGCAAUUAUUACAUACAUUUUCAAAUGCAAAAACAAUGGAAGACGCUGAAGAAGGUUUGAUAUUUAUGCAAGAAAUGGUCGAAUUAAACCGCAGACAAACUCAAGAAUCAGACAAACAAAGACUGACACUAACGAUAAAACGUACCGAUAUUGAUAAAGAAUCAAUAUUAUUGGGCGGACCUGCACAAUUUGGAUUACAAUUAACGGGAUCAGUUAAAGUUACUGGCAAACCUGUUUUAACGGAACCUAAAGAAGCGUGUAGUGAGUUAACGAAUGUUGAAAUGAUUAAAGGAAAUAUUGCUGUUAUAUUUCGCGGCAACUGUAUGUUUAUUGAAAAGGCAAGAAUUAUUGAAAAAGCUGGUGCUAUUGGCGGUAUUGUAUUGGAUACAGUAAUUGGAUCAACAAUAGCAACAUCUGCAAUGUUUGCUAUGUCAGGCGACGGUCUUACCAAAGAUGAUAUUAAAAUUCCAUUAUCAUUUUUAUUUAAUGUUGAAGCUAAUGAACUUGUACGCGCUAUUAGUGAAAGUAAUGGCGCUAUUACUGUCACAAUGGGUAAUUAUGUAGUGGAUAAAGUCGAUAAAAAUGAACCUGAUGAUUAUUUAUCAAUGUUUGAACGUCUUAAGUCAUCAGUAAAAGAGUUUUUAACCCGACCAUCGCAAACUAGUGAUAAUACACAAAGUACAAUAAGUGCGCCUGCAUUAGACAGUAAUAAAGAAGAAAUGAUUAUUGAUAAAGAUCAUAUACGUGCAAUAAUUCCACGUGAGUCGGCAAGUAAAAAUAAACAAUCACGUGAUUUAGUUUUAUUUGUUAAAUUAUUAAUUAAUAAAAAUUCUCCAUCACUUUCUACGAACUUACCUCCCAUUUCUUCUUCUUCUUCUUCAUCUUCUUCUUCUUCUUCUUCUUCUUCUUCUUCUUCUACAUCUUCGAUGCCUUUACCAGAAUUAUCAGCAUUUGAAAAAGGCUGGCGUGUAGUUAAACAGUUUUUAAUAAAUCAAAUUUAUUUAAAUACUAAAUUCCCGCCUUAUCAAGUGAUUUCUAUUGGUCGGAUUGAAAUUUAUUAUGAUUGGAUCCAAAAAGAACGUAGCCCAAAAAAUCAAAUAAAAAGUGAUGAAUUGAGUACAUUUGAAUUAGUUACAUGGUUUAUUGAUGAACUGAGUGAUACUUUACCAAAUUUUGAAAAAACUGAUUCAUUUAAUUCUAUUUCUGGUGCUUCUAAAACAUUAAUGCAAAGAUUAAAAACAUCUGAAUCUAAUGUUAAUAAAAAUGAUGUUAUUAAUACCGAUGAAGAUGAUAAUAAUGAUAGUGAUAGUGAUAAAGUCCAGAAAGUUGAUAAAAAUAAUAUAGUUAAUAUUAUGGAAACAUAUAAAAUUUAUGAUAAUUUAAUGGAAAAUAUUCAAGAUGUUUUGAAAAAUUUGAAAUCUGAAUUUCGUAAUAAAAAUUUAGAUGAUAGCAAUAGUAAUAAUAAUAAUGAUAAAAAUAUAAUUAAAGAUAAUAAAUAUCAAGAUAACUUAAUAGUACCAAGUUUUAUAAAUAAAACAAAUCAAAAUGAAUUAGAAGAGGAAAUAAAUGAUGAAAAAUUAGAAACUAAUAGUGUUGAUAGUAAUCAAGUUGAUGUUGGUAGUGACGGAGGUGAGAAUAAUGAAUUAAUUGCGGCAGAUGAUGGUGAAGUUGAAAGGAGAGAUAACGAAGAGAAAAUAAUUGAUGAUAGUAAUUUUAGCAAUGAUGAAGAGAAUGUGAAUAGUAAAGAGAAUGUGACAAAGAAAAAAAAUGAUGAAUUAUAACGUUAGUUUUUUUUGUUUUAAUAGAACUAAAUUGUAUAUUAUAAUUGAAAGUUAUCAGAUUUUUUUUUUAUUGUUUAUUACUAUGGAAAAUAUUUAUUACUUUUAAAAAUAGUCGUUAUUGUUUCCGAAAAUUAUUACUAACAAAAUAUUAAUUACUAUUAAAAAUAGCAAUUACUAUUUAAAAAAUAGUAAUUAAUUUUUUUUUAAUAAUAAUUACUAUUAAAAAUAUUAAUCGCUAUAAAAAAAAAUGCUAUUUCAAAUAGCAAUUAAUAUUUAAAAUAGUAAUUACUAUUCAAAAAAUUAUUGCCACUAAAAAAAA